UGCUUCACACACUGUACUGCUGGCAUGUGCCAAUGGCCUGCACACUCUGCGCUGUCUGUGGAUGUCAUUGGAUGAACCUUUGCUGAUGUUGAAUGCAUCGGCACUGUUGCUGGUCGUGCUGUUCAACACCAGGCCCGACUGACUCAUGAAUAUAGGUAUACUAUAGGCGCUUGGUCAGAAUGCCAGGCCAGCUGUGGGCCAAACGCCACACAGACUAGAGAGGUAAACUGCCUGCGGAUGCAGACUCUGCUGAGACCGGAUGGUAGCAAAGUUCCCCAUCUGCAGGUGACGGUGAAGCUUGGCCAGUGCUUGUGGAGGCUCCCGAUGCUGCCUCCUCUGAUGAAACGACGCUGCGGUGAGGCUGAGUGCCCUCAGGCUGCCUGGGAAGCUAGCGAUGAAUGGACGGAGUGUCGGCCAUCGUGCGGGGCGGGCGAGCGAACAAGACAGGUCACCUGCAUGGCUCCUACUGGAGAUGGCAAUGCAAGCGAGCCAGUCGCCGACAGCCGUUGCAGCGCUGCGGGCACCAAGCCCAAGGCAGUCCUUCCAUGCUCCGGUAUUCCCUGCACACCUGUCUGGGCGCAGAUGCCCUACACCAAGUGUGAUCCACUGAGUUGGCCGUCGACACGGCAACGCGACGUCCUGUGCUUGCGUCGCACUUCCUUGACAAUGUACGAGCGGCUAGCUGACGAAGAGUGUGCCAUUGUCAAGCCCAAACCGCGCACCUCCAGAGGUUGUCCGCGGCCCCGUACUUCAGGCAAAUAAUGCCUUUCACUGCAUAUUGGAAAUGCUCAGAUUAGGCUUCUCUGGCCUGACUGUAGUUUUGCCUUUAAACUAUUUCUCCGUCUCUCUCCCCUCUUUCUCUUUAGACACAACACUAAAGCACAAGGAAACAGUCAUUAUUUUCACCACUCUUCUCGCAUGUCUCAUCUCUCGUUUCACAAAAUUACCUUCUUAUUUUUUGAAAACCUACAAAAAUUAUGUCUUCCUUCCUAUUCGUCGCCUGACAUAUUCACACCAAGAUGUUAUAGCGUUCUCAGUAUGUUGCAAUAUUUUGUCUCCCUACAUAUAGCUAUGCACUGUA